UGUUUUGUAAGGCCUGCCGGGUUAUACCACGUCCUUGUUGUCCAAUAUGGCGGGUGUGAGGACACUGUUAGUAUGGAUAGUUGUGGCAGAGUGUUGGAUACAGCUCAUAAAAGGGUCCUGUCCAGCAGGGAAAUUUGGAGACCUGUGUAGCUACUUUUGUCACUGUGGAAACGACUGUAACCGGACAACUGGGGUUUGUAGCAAGGUCUGUGAUAAAGGCUGGGUGGGAGGACAUGGAAAAACCUGUCAAAAAGAAAACGUGGCCUACAAUAAAAACGCAACGACUCCUUCUGGACUGUACCACCAUGACCCACCCUGGUCUGCAGACAAAGCUGUAGAUGGGAACCGGGACCAGGAUGUAUUCCACAACUCCUGUUUCCACGCUGGUCGGUAUCCGAGUGUGUGGAAAGUGGACCUGGGACAGCCGUACAAGAUACAUGACGUCAGGAUAUACAACCGGGCAAAAUAUAUUUUGAGAAUCCGAACCGCUGCUCUAUCUGUGAGUAACACAAGAAGCACCACGUCCAUCGUCCCCUGCUACACCUUCCCCUCCAACACUACAAAAGGCAACUCUGUCUACGACGUGACCUGUGAUGCGAUUGGACAAUACGUCACCAUCAAACACGGAACAGAGACACUAAAUCUGUGCGAGGUGGAGAUCUAUGUCUGCAGUCAAGGAACUUUUGGCGCAGAUUGUAACAAUUUCUGUCAUUGUUCUGUUGGACCCUGUGACCGAGUCAGUGGAUUUUGUACUGGUAACUGUAGACCAGGGUGGCAGGGACAAAGCUGUUCUGUUGAGUGUGAUCGGGACCAUUACGGAGUCAACUGUGACGAGACGUGUGGGAACAGGAAAUGUGCUGCUGAUACACCGUCACAGAUUGACUUAAAACUAGUUGUAGAACACUAAACAAUUCUGAGUAUUAAGGUACGACAAAAU